GUUAAGAAUCGGGACCAUAUUCUAAGAAGGCGGACAUUUAGUUAAGAAAAGAAUUCGUUGGUGUUUGCAAACCUGGAGACAGAUUUGUUUAUAUUUCGCUUAUAAAACUGCAAGCGCAGAAUCACCUAAUUCAAAGUUCCAGAGACUGGCCAUAACAUGAAGUUGCUUCUCACUCUUGUCGCAUUUGCUGCCUUCAUUGGCUUGAGCAUCGGCUCUUCUUGCGGACGCUCGUCUGUCCAACAAUCAAGAAUCAUCUCUGGAUACGAUGCUAAACCCGGCGCGUGGCCAUGGAUGGCCUCCCUCUGGAUACACAAAUGGAUGCACCUCUGUGGAGGCUCUCUUCUAAAUAACAGAUGGAUUUUGACAGCCAGUCACUGCGUUGUUGGUACUGGGGCCACGACAAACUCCCUACAGAUCAAGCUGGGUGAGCACAAUCAUCUCGUCCAGGAAGGAACUGAACAGACCAUUGACGUUGAGCGUAUCGUUGCGCAUCCACGUUAUUCACGAUCAAGACUUAUUAACGACAUUGCGUUGAUCAAGCUGAAAACUCCAGCACAACUCAAUUCACGUGUGCAGACUGUUUGCCUUCCUGCCAAUGGUUCAAGGCCAACGAUUGGGUCUCGUCAGUGCUAUUUGUCAGGAUGGGGUUCAAUUCAGCACCCAGGACCAUCGCACCACACACUACAGCAAGCCAUGCUUCUAGUCGUGAACCACACAAACUGCUUCAACAGAAGCGACUUGGUUUGCGCUGGUUUUGGUACAUCAAAGCGCAUCAAUGCAUGCAAAGGUGACAGUGGUGGUCCAUACGUAUGUCGAAAGAGUGACGGAAGCUGGGAACAACAUGGCGUUGCAAGUUUUGUUGUGGAAUACUGCAAGUACUACACUGCAUUUACUCCUGUUGGUGACUACAUCGAUUGGAUCAACCAACACAUCUCACAAUAAAUUGAGCAACAGUUUAAUGGAGAUUAAUACGAAAUGCUUUUGAUCAUUUGAAUUUAUAUAAUCAAUUUCAUUCUACAUUUC